CGCUGAAUUCUAUUGAUCGUAGAGCGUUGAAUCGUGGCAUAAAUGAAAGUCGAGGUGUCGAAAAGAACCCCUAUGAGAAUGGUGACCUCAAUCCGGUACAAGACGAUGAUGUGAAUCAACAACCAAUUGCCACAGUUGAUGGUGACCACACCUCAGGGAACGAAUGUGACCCAAUCUCCAAUAUUGUCGGUAGCUUCACUGCAGGACAUGAACGAAAUCCAAGUGAAACGUCCAUUGUGGGUAGUGACAAUCUUUUUGGUUCCAUCGGGAAUGAAUUGAUUGUAGGCAAGGAUCACAAUGAUCUUGCUCGAACAGUGAUUGAUCUCACGAAUAAGGAUGAAGGGGAAAAAAAUGAGAGGCAAUUCUUGACAGUUAACAAUAAUGUUUCCGAUGCUAAUGAUGAUAAUGAUUCAAAUGUCAGGCCUAAUGUUGACAGUUUAAGUGUUGCGAUGGAGAAAAAUCAUUGUUCGACCUUUGGCAAAUUGAUGAACCAAAAGUCAUCUUUUGCUCCCGGCUCUUGCUCACCUACAGACGAAGUUGAAAGUCAAAACCAAAAAGAGUAUUUUCAUGACCACAUGAGUGAUAUACCGGGAGUGAAUGUAACAUCCACGGAUGAUUUUGAUGAUCACGUGUCCGAAUCGACGAUAAUGUCACCUAUCUCCGGAAGGAACGAGUCAAAUUCGAAUAGUUCAGAUGAAAGGGAGCAAGCACUAUCAAAGUCUUUAGAAAAAUUGCUUCGUGUUCUGCCUGAUUCACCAGAAACAUCCAAGCAAAUGGUGGAUUCAUGUUCUACCGUUUCACCAAAAUUGGCAUCAUUGGAGAAAAUCAACGAGUCGAACUUUGAUUACAAUUCCACGUCGAAUAAUCCCUCGGGAUCACCGCCUACAGCUUCAGAAGAGACACCGGCAACGAUAGACGACGAUGAUUCGGCCGGAGAGGUUGACGAAGUGACUACAGUUGAUAUAGCGAAUGAAAAGGCGACUACCCGAAAAAGGCGUGUUUAUCCUGAAACUUUGGUCGAGAAAUCAAGAAAU